AUGCAAAUAGCAGUUAUCGUCGAAUUUUUAGUUUUAUUUCUUCUUUCAACUAAUCGUCGUCGUGGUUCAAUAAUUUUAGUUCAAGCUGAUUCAGCAUCAUGUCGUAAACAAGUCGAAUGUUUUAUAUGUGAUUCACGAGAAAUUCAAGAAUGUGAAGAUUCAAGAAAUUUUUCACAAGUACAAAUUCCUACGCGUUUAUGCGAUGAUUAUUGUUUAAAAAUGUGGACACGUGAAAAUGAUAGUAUAACAGGAGAUAAUAAAUCAAGUGCAUUACGUUAUGUAAGACGUGAUUGUCAUAAAAUAUUUCAUUAUCAUAUAAAAAAAGCUGAAACAUGUUAUAAGCAUAAAAAACAUCGAACUGAUUCUCUAUGUUUAUGUGGAUCGGAUCGAUGUAAUUCAGCUAUGAAUUAUAAACAACAACAACAACGAACGUAUUGGAUUUUUUUCAUUUUUUUCUAUUUUUUAUUGUAUUGA